UGGAAAGCUUGGUUAAGAAGGCUGCCAGAGUUAGAGCUAGUAAGUGUACCACGAUGUAUACAACCUAAGAAGAAAAACGGGAUCGAGUCAGAGAUCCAUACGUUCUGUGAUGCCUCGGAGGAAGCUUUCGCGGCCGUGGUCUAUUUGAGAAGCAUUUAUGACGAUGGCGACGUACGGUGCUCCUUCCUGAUGGCCAAGACGAAAGUAGCUCCGAAGAAAGCUUUAAGUGUAGCAAGGCUUGAACUGCAAGCUGCCCUUCUAGGUGCUCGCCUAGCGAAUUAUGUUAAAGAAGCUAUGACACGACACAUUGACCGCGUGUUCUUUUGGACGGACAGUAAAUGUGUUAUCGGUUGGAUACGAUCUACUGCAGUUUGGUAUAAGCCGUUCGUCGCCCACCGAGUUGGCGAAAUCCAAACGUUGACAGACCCAAAGUCCUGGCGCCACGUACCUGGCCGACUGAAUGUAAGUGACUGUGCCACCCGUUCGAGAUUUGAUGAGCGAUCGGAAUUGAUUCCCGUGCGUUGGUUCACUGGUCCUGAUUUCCUUUAUCAAGGUGAAGAUAACUGGCCAAAGGAAAUGCCUGUAGAAGAGUUACAGCAACACGAAGAAAUCAAACCAAGCAAAAUAUUCGUUGCCAAAUCUAACCCAGAGCGUGUUCCCGUCUAUGCUGACGUCGACUUAGAGCGAUUUUCGUCCCUGUCGAAAGCACAGAGAGUAGCAGCGUUAGUUCAUCGUUUCUUCAAUGUAUGUAAAGGAAAGAAACCAAAGAGUAUUGUCGUAACCGUACAAGAAUUACGAGUUGGACUGACUGCCCUAGUAUGCCAAUGUCAACGAGAGGCAUUCCCCGACGAGCUCCAAUCCUUGGAAAGAACGAAAAGUGUCAGCAAGCGAUCAAAACUGUUGUCAUUUACACCCUACCUCGACGAGAAUAAC